AUGUUUGGCCUUAUUUUAAUACUCGUAUGCUCUACUUUAAUAAGUGCUCGGUUUAUCAAUGAUUCUUGUCAGAUUAAUAUUAAUUACAAAUAUGGAGAUUUUGGAGCACCACAACCGCUUAUUCUCACGAGAAAUAACUCUUCUGUGUUUUUGUAUCCGCAGCAUAUGGAUCGAUUAAAUGUUUUUGCGAUGCAAAAAAUUAUUUUGUCCUGUCCAGGGAAAAACAACUAUCUAAAAGGCAUAGAUAACGAUAAGAAACUGAAUUCCAUAGAACUGAUUUGUUUCCGGCGAAAUAAAUUUUUCUACAACUUCCAAGAGUUUAUUUUAAACCCAACAAACGUAUCCUGUAAUACGUUUCCGAAGCACGUGGCACGUAGAACGUCCUCUAGAUGCUACAACAACAACACCCAGAUAGAAAUAGGAUUUUUGAUAACCGACAAAAACAACAAUCAGGAGUUUAUAAGAACAAUUGACUUGUGCAGAAAUGACACACACCACUGGACCUACUACACACAUUACAAACUGACCAGCAAAAUCGAGAAUCUGCAGUUGGGAUUCCCAAGACCGAGGCAGUGGUUUGGAGCAGACUUUUACGAGCACAACAUUGACAAUCUCUAUAAAAUAUCAACCCAGAUUUCGACCCUGGAAAUUUUAUUGGGAUCAAAAAAACUUGUCAGUAAAUUUGUCGCGGUAAAUUCGACCCGGUUUCUCUCCAGAGGCCACAUGGUCCCCAAGAGCGACUUUGUUUACGGCAACGAGCAACGGUCUACCUUUUGGUACGUAAACUCAGCUCCUCAGUGGCAAAGCUUCAAUGGUGGAAAUUGGAAUAUCCUCGAGAGCAGUAUCAGAAAGUUUGCGGUUAAAAAUGGAAUCAACUUGGAAAUUUUCACUGGCAUUCAUGGCCAGAUGAUGAUUGAAGAUGAGAAUAACAAUCAAGUGCCUGUUUAUCUUUUUGGAAACGAAACUCACAGAGCUCUGGAGGUUCCUAGGUUCUUUUGGAAGGUUAUUUACCAGCCAGAAACCAAAAAAGGAACAGCUUUUGUAGGUUUGAAUGAUCCGUAUCAAUCAGCUAUUACAGAGGAUAUGUUUAUUUGCAAAGAUCUCUCUGAGAGGAUCAAGUUGAUCAAUUGGAACAAGAAAUCCUUGAGCAAGGGAGUUUCUUAUGCUUGCGACAUAGCAUAUCCUUGCAAAUCCACAACUAAAAUCGAAUUACACCUGAAAGCUAAUUAUCAAGUAAAGCCCCAGCAUCACCACAGACCCUGUUUUCGUCUCACUUGA